CUCUCUCUCUCUCCCUCUCUCCCUCUCUCUACAUGUAUAUAUUGACAAGCCCACAAGCCUUGGACCCCUGUCUUAUCAUUUCUCCCAAAGAAGAAAUCUACAAGUCUUGUAGAGAGAGAGAGAGAGAGUGAGAGAUUGAAGGUGUAAGAUGGGAAGACCACCUUGCUGUGAUAAAGUAGGGGUUAAGAAAGGGCCAUGGACUCCAGAAGAAGAUAUCAUCUUGGUGUCUUACAUCCAAGAACAUGGUCCAGGGAAUUGGAGAGCUGUUCCUACUAACACUGGUCUGCUCAGAUGCAGCAAAAGUUGCAGGCUCAGAUGGACUAAUUAUCUCCGUCCAGGUAUCAAACGUGGUAACUUUACUGAUCAUGAAGAGAAGACGAUAAUCCACCUCCAAGCUCUUCUUGGCAACAGAUGGGCUGCAAUAGCUUCCUACCUUCCUCAGAGAACAGACAAUGAUAUAAAGAACUAUUGGAAUACCCAUUUGAAGAAAAAACUCAAAAAGCUUCAAGACCAUGAAGGUCAAAACCAGGAUGAGUUCUCAGCUUCACAGUCAAUCUCCAAGGGUCAGUGGGAGAGAAGACUCCAAACCGACAUUCACAUGGCUAAGCAAGCUCUCUGUGAGGCUUUGUCUCUUGACAAAACGACCAAUUUACCUGAAUUGAAACCAUCCAGUGACAACUACCCUUGUACUAGACCAUCCCAAUCAACCACCACAUAUGCGUGGAGCACCGAAAACAUAGCUCGAUUGCUCCAAAACUGGAUGAAAAGUUCACCUAAAUCAUCCCAAACAAGCUCAGAAACUACUACUCAAAACUCCUUCUAUAACCCUCUUGGGACAAAUUCUAGCCCUAGUGAGGGGACUGUGACAGACGGUUUUGACUCCCUUUUCAGCUUCCAUUCUUCCAAUUCUGAUGUCUCGCAGUCUAUGACUGUGUCAGUGGAUGAGACAACAACCAAUUUCACACCUGAGACUAGCUUUUUUCAAGAUGAGAGCAAGCCAAAUUUGGAGACUCAAGUUCCUCUAUCUUUGCUUGAGAAAUGGUUGUUUGAGGAUGGUGCUGCACAAGGGCAAGGUGGUGACCUACUGGACAUGUCUCUUGAGGGAAGUGAUGAGCUGUUUUGAAAAAGGGUUUCAAAUCUUUGGGGUUCUUUGUUUGUUUUAUUUUAGAGCGUUUUUAGGGCUUGAACUAAUAGGUUUUCUUUUCAAUUGAGCAGAAAAAAAGAUUUAUCUUUCAUAUAUUGGAAGAGAAAAAAAGUGUAAAUUACAAGUAUAUCUCCAUAUGUACUAGAUAUAUAUAGGAAUAAAACUCCUUUCAUUUUCUUUAGCUCUCUUGUUUUGUAUAACUCUGGGUUUCUGAGAUUUCGGGAUUAGAGUUUAUUUUUUCAA